AUGUCGGCCCUCUUGAAGGUCCUUGAGCAGGUGGACGCAGCAGGGCGCAGCAAGAAGUUGGUUGAGUCAGCAGGGCAGCCCAGCCAGUCCAAUCCACUUCCGUACACACAAAAGGCAGGAACAAACGAGGCCUCCGAAAGUAAUGAGCUGCAGAGGGCAAUUCCGAACGCCGAGCUGGAAUGCUACUACGAGGAUGAUGACGUGUCUUUGGAAGAGUUGAUUCGCCGUGAGCGAAUCGAAGGGGUCCAGGACUAUGAUGCUAAUUUCGAGAAGCACAUCUUGAAAAGGGGCGACCGCUUCAAGAUGUUAGAAGAGGAUGAGGAUGAGGCGUACGCUUUGGGCUGGUAUGAGAAUGCAGACAAGAAGAUGGACUCCAGGAAAGGUGCAGAGAAGCGAUUAAAGCAGGAGAAAAACGACAAAAAUCGCAUCCAGGUCAAUCUUGAAAGAUGUAACCUUUGUAUGGAAAGCAAGAAGUUCUUCCGCAAAGACGCUGUCAUGUCUGUCUCGCCUCAUGCGUACCUGUGCGUGGAAACGCAAAACCGAUCUAUUGUUCCUGGCCAGGUGCUCAUAGUGCCGCAAGAACAUGUGAUGGCCAUGACGGAUGUCGAUGAGGCGGCAUGGGCUGAUAUUCGAAACUACCAGAAGUGUCUCAUUGCGUUCUACGAGGCUGAGCAACCGCCUCGUGCUGUUCUUUUCGUGGAGUCCUCUGUCCACCGCGUCUCGCGGGACAAGGCUCUACUUGGAGCAGGCCCCCACUGCUGCAUUGUGGCCUACCCUAUCGAGAUGGGCCUCUUGGUGCAAGCAAGGACUUACUGGAAGAAGGCCCUCGAUGAGGCCGAGAAUGAGUUUGAAACCACCCACGCAAAGGUUAUUGACACCGACUCCAAGGGUGGCGUAAGAAGCGCCGUCCCGAAGGGCUUUCCGUAUGUUCACGUCGACUUUAGUCUUGGCGGUGGUUUUGCCCAUGUCAUCGACAAUGUCGCUGAGUUUCCUCGUGAGUUUGCUCAGCACGUUAUUGCGGGCAUGUGCGAGCUAACCAUCCUUGACCGUGCCUACACGUGCAAGGAAGAGUACAGGGAUGCUUGCAAGGAUCUCAAGGACCGCUUCGCUGCAGACUUUGACUGGACAAAGGCUCUUCAAGCUUGA